UAUGUUGCUCGGGAACUAUUAGUCCAGACUGCUGCGACAAGUUAGUUCGGUUGGUGCUUGAUGCAACAAAAAGACAAAUUAGAGCACUACCUAUCCCACCAGGACCAGCGAGAUCGAGUGGAUACUUGGAGCUGGAACCAAUCGGCUUCCCAACCAGCCUCCGCUGCACAUAUCCAGCAGAGUAUGGAGAACGUUGACCUAUCGCCUCCCUCCUCCUUAAAACCACAAAUGGGCUCUAACGGCGGAGGAGGAAUUGGGAGAAACAAUGGAGCCGAUUCGGCGUCUUCGUCUUCCUCCUCGGCUGCAAGUGCUGCGUCUUCAUGGGGAGGUCUGGACGAAGUCAAAGUGCAGCCGCCUCGGUCACCGCCAAAGAAAAUGUACAAACCGGGACACCACAUGAAAACUGUACAAGGUGUCACCUUCUGGCUUAUAGCUGACUGCUGUGGGCUGACGUGUGCAGUUUUCACAUAUCUGCUGCUGCUGUAUGGCCUGUUCUCGGUCAAUGCCAUCAUGCUCUCCCCCUUCACACACAACACAUUCUACGACGUCCUCAACUUUUUCCUCUUCAACUUCCUCGUUUUCAUGGCCUACGCCUCGCACAUUAAAGCCAUGUGCACAGACCCGGGCACCCUGCAAUUGGGGACUGCGACGAAGGAGAACAUAGACGCGUUAAACUUGCAGCCCGGUGAGGCGGCCUACAAGUGCACCAAAUGCGAUAGUCUCAAGCCCCCCAGGGCUCACCAUUGUUCCGUGUGCAGACGCUGCGUGCGCAAAAUGGACCACCACUGUCCCUGGAUAAACAACUGCGUCGGAGAGGACAACCAGAAGUAUUUUGUCCUCUUCACCUUCUACAUAGCUGCCUUGUCACUGCACGGAGGAGUGUUGUGUAUCUUCACAUUCUACAGCUGCGUCCUGGCUGACUGGGGCGACAAAGACAAGCGUAAGAUAUUCCACGAGACAUGUCCAAGUGGAUUUUCUCCUGCUGUUACUACUGUGCUGUUGGCGCUGACUGCAGUGGAGGCCAUCCUCUUUUUCCUUUUCACCCUCAUCAUGUUCUGCACCCAGACUUCAAACAUUAUCGACGACUCAACCGGAAUAGAACAGCUGAAGAGAGAAGACGCGACUUGGGAGAAGAGUUCUGGUAUGAAGGGGCUUCGCAAUGUGUUUGGAGAUCACUUCAGCUACCGCUGGUUCAGUCCCUUCCACACAUCAUCACACUUCUACCGAAACAACGGGGGCUUGGGCAACGCCAAAUCCAGCUACAAGUACUCGCCCCUCUACAACGUAUAGCCCAGUAGUAUCUUCUAAAAUGAUGUUCACAUCUUAUCUCCACGGCAAUAAACUGACAAGCGAUCAGUGUGUAAAUACAAACUCUGUGGGUUGAAAAAGAUAGCGGAAACAGCGCUAAUAGUGUGUAGAUUUGUUGUGUUUUAUCAACUAUCCUAAUAGCAGCUAUGCCCUUAACAACCUAAAGUGCUUUUCCUUCAGUGGAUAAUACAUAUAUCAUUAGUCCAACCAAGUCUUGACAAGACAAUGUUAGUAGCCUUGUCCUCAACUGCUCAAACUGAAAAAAAACAAAGACCAAAUACUGUUAGUGAAGUUAUCUCGUUCAGUUUCAUUACGCAAAUGACUUCGAGAAAAUGCAGAAAAAUAAGAUGUGCAAAAAUUAUAUCAAAUUAUUAUUGUUUUCCCUUGUUGCUUUGAAUUUAAUUAUAAA